GUACCCGCCCCUAACGACUUGGAACGUCAAACCAGACAACGUCCCUGGAAACAGGGUUGUCUGUGGACCACAAGUAUCAAGCACAGCCUACAGGUCAUCUGGGUUGAUGGUCGUUUUAAUCAGAGAACUCCCUGCACUUCCGCUCAGCCGCUGUUAGUAAUGACGGAUGGGCCGUAGAAGAUCAUCUCUCCUAAAAUUCUCUUCGCCGAAGAGCUCUCUUUUGCUGUAUAUUGAUCUCAGGUCAGCACUAUAUCUCACUGUGGCUGCUUGUCUGACGCCUACACGUCUGGUCAAUGCUACAAGGCUGACUGGAGCCUCCAAGCCCGGCUCCCCGCGGCUGAGAUUCGUCGAGGCUUGUGCGGGGCUUGUUCUCUGCAAUUUAGGGAUACGCCCAUGUUCUGGUCGAGUGACGCAAGUCGAACGGCUCUGCGCGAAAGGCUGGACUAUCACUUGCCAAGCUCAGCGGCGGGAGCGGGAUGGCAGCAUGCGAGUCUUGGUAGGGUCAAGGAAGCGAAGGAUCGGGGAUCUCGACAUCGCGCAGGACCCUGAAUCGAGUUCCUGGUCCUCCGCUUCUCGCAAUUGGGUGUCAUGUAUGGACGUCCACAAGUCUGGAUCGGCGAAUGGUUGUUCCGAGGUCCGUGGUUGAUCGCCUCCGCAGAGGGAACAGCUCGGACGCUCCGGGACCCUACCGACUGCCGAUUUUCACUGAUCGACAAUGCCGUUCACAAACGUCUCUCAGAGAAUCCAGAACCACCCAAAUGCAUGCCAGAAUUUUCUGCAUCGACGACAGAGCUUCUCCUGGCUUCUCCGACACA